AUGACGGACGCCACGCAACAGGCUGCACCUUUGACCGUCGCCGCCAUACUCUGUCCCGCUCCACUGGAAUCGGACCGCAGUGCAGCAGCAGACGGCUACAUUUGCACAGACCAUCGCCAAGAGCUCGCGGUCGUUGAGCACAGGCUAGUGCUUCUUGAACUCCCACUCACGCCCCCGCUUGGACCACGGCUAAGCCCACCGCCAGAUCACAAACGGGGGAUAAGUACAUCACCAGAAAAAGUACAUUUAAAGGGGGUGAUUGUGCAGAACAGCUCGAAGCGACGGUCCACAAAAGGCCGCGUAGGGGUCGCACCUCCGAGGACGAUCACCGAUGACAGGGACUACGACCGCAUCGAUCGAGGGGAUUGGGCCUUGGCGUGGGAGCUUUUGGAAUCCCAAAACGUAAAACCCAUGCAAAUCUCGUUUCUCAAAGCCAAUAGAUCCACGACUGAGUAG